GAGCCGGCGGUGCCCGUGGGCGCCCGGCGCCGGGGCUGCUCGGCUGCCGCUGCCCGCGCUGCCCGCGCCUGGCGCCCGCCGGGCCGGAGCGGGGCCCCCUCAGCCCAGCGGAGCGGCGGCGGCGGCUGAGGGCGCGUCCCGGAGGGAUGUCGGGCACCCGCUGCCAGGCGCUGUACCCCUUCUCCGGGGAGCGGCACCGGCAGGGGCUGCGCUUCGCGGCGGGUGAGCUGAUCACGGUGCUGCAGGUGCCAGACGGCGGCUGGUGGGAAGGGCAGAAGGAGGACGGGCUGCGCGGCUGGUUCCCGGCCAGCUACGUCCAGCUGCUGGAGCAGAAACCCCGAAAGGCAACUCCUCAGCCAGGAGAAGACACCUUGAACGGCCACCUUCCCCCUGGCUGGCAGAGCUACAUGUCUCCCCAGGGCCGCAGGUACUACGUGAACACCUUCACAAAUGAAACGACGUGGGAGCGGCCGAGCAGCGUGCCUGGCACUCCCAAGAGCCCUGUGUCACAGAAGAGUUCUGCAGUGAAUGGCUACUACAUCUCUGGGUCCCCAGUGCACCAGCUCGACUCAGGUCACACGAGCCUCCGAAAACCCAGUGGGGACACCCAGAGCCCGGGCUCCCCGGCGGCGCCGCGGCGGCAGAGCAAGGAGAGCAGCCUGACGAUCAACUGUGUGACUUUCCCCCACCCUGACGUAAUGCCAGAGCAGCAGUUGCUGAAACCUUCAGAGUGGAGCUACUGUGAUUAUUUCUGGGCAGAUAAGAAGGACUCACAAGGGAACAACACAGUGUCAGGAUUUGAAAUUCUUCUUCAAAAGCAACUUAAAGGGAAACAAAUGCAGAAAGAAAUGGCAGAGUUUGUUCGAGAAAGGAUAAAGAUUGAGGAGGAAUAUGCUAAGAACCUGUCCAAACUGUCUCAGAAUUCCUUGGCUGCUCAGGAAGAAGGCACACUGGGAGAAGCUUGGGCUCAGCUCAAGAAGAGUUUAGCUGAUGAAGCAGAGGUUCAUCUCAAAUUUUCUUCUAAGCUCCAGAGCGAGGUGGAGAAACCCCUGCUGAACUUCAGAGAGAACUUCAAGAAGGACAUGAAGAAGUGUGACCACCACAUCGCGGACUUGCGGAAGCACCUGGCCAGCCGCUACACGGCCGUUGAAAAGGCCCGGAAAGCCUUGACAGAGAGGCAGAAGGAUCUGGAAAUGAAAACCCAGCAGCUAGAGGUGAAACUCAGCAACAAGACAGAAGAGGAAAUCAAGAAGGCCAGACGGAAGUCCACCCAGGCAGGGGAUGACCUGAUGCGCUGUGUGGAUCUUUACAAUCAAGCCCAGUCCAAGUGGUUUGAGGAGAUGGUGACCACCACUCUGGAGCUUGAGAGACUAGAAGUUGAAAGGGUGGAGAUGAUUCGGCAGCAUCUGUGCCAGUACACACAGCUGCGGCACGAGACAGACAUGUUCAACCAAAGUACAGUAGAACUUGUGGAUCAGUUGCUUCGGAAAGUGGAUCCUGCCAAAGACAGGGAACUGUGGGUAAAAGAACACAAAACUGGAGAUAUCCGACCUGUGGACAUGGAAAUAUAGACUGAUCUGUGGUUGGAUGUGAUGAGUCCACUGAAUUAAGCAGGCUAACGUUUGUUUUUAAGGGUCAUAAGAGCAUAGGGAAAAGGUUGUUUCACUACCAGACAGACACCUUGUAAUUUAUGCCUGUAUGGGCUAUCUCUGUUCCAUUUAGUCAUUACAAUGGUCCUUGUUGUGCUAAGCCUUAAGCACCAGACAUUCCAGGGUGAAAAAAAACAGAUGUGUGCUUCCCACCAGAGGUUCCCAAUUGCACGCAGCUUCCAGGAGAAAUCUGCUUCCUGGCACAGAAAGUGCCCUGUUCUUCAGUGACUUUGUGCUCCACCCCUUGCAUGACUAUCUCUAUACAGUAUGUUAGAACAACCAGGCAGAGAGCCUCUGGCCAGCAAGGAGAUAACUGAAUAUGAUGCAGGAGGCAAGGAAGUCCUGAUCACGAAUCCCAGGUCUGUCACUGACUGCUCUCAUGGCCAUAGGCAAGUCAAUUAACUAUCCUGGCUCCCCCAUUUAUAAAAUCUGUGUAUCCUGCAGCAAUGAUGUGUGGAUGCAUUGCUUUCAUACAACACUGUCUUUCACCAUGGCAGUGAAGUGACAGCCCUUCUCCCAAAAUCUGUGGAGAAGAUUCCUGUUCUUCCUGUUUUAUACUCCCUCUCAGGGAUACAUAAACCCAUUUUCAUUAUUUCCGUUGUCGGCCAGUCAGUAAGUUUGAAAGUGUUACCAUCACAAUUUUUUAUCAGGAAAGACUUGGUUGUACUAUACCUACCUCAUUAGCUGUCAGAGUGCCCUCAAUGACAGAAGGAGGUCGUAUCCCAAGGAAUAAAUGAGAUGUUUAAAAUCUUUCCUGCUCAUGCAAGGUGUUUUUCCACAGAAUCUCCUUAAAGACAGUCCUCUAAUAGUUUACUUGGCAUUCAGUUUUAAAUUUCCUUUGUUGGUUUCUUCAGGUGAAUAUCACAGACUUUAGGUAUUUUUAAUGACUGGGUUUGUCCCGUUAAAUUUUGGCUUUUAUCUUUUUGGAGCCUGAUUUUCAAAGGUGCCAUGAAUGUGUGAUGCUAGAUUGCAUUCAGUGUAGAUGUAGGUGCCCAGCACUUCUGUACCAUCUGAGUUUUUUUCUGUUACCCUUACUACAAACCACCAAAAGUUCAACACAGCUCUUAGCAAAUAGUGUUACAUAGUUUGGAGACUGGUUUUGAAAAGGUAUUUAUUUUCUUCUGCUGUUAUUUCUGAUGGUGUAGUCAAUGUUGCUGUUAAUAUAUUUUUUCAGCAUUUCAUACAAUGCAAAGAUUCUUCAGAUUCUUGCUUUAGAUCCAGGAGAAAUCUUGAUUCUCACCACUGUGGCCUUUACUCAGUGUUUACUGUGGUCUUAGCUCCAAUAUCCCAAACCACACUAUUUCAUUUGCUCCCCACUUCUGCUCCAUUUUAUCUCACUGUCGCUGUCUUUUUCUCCCCAGCCCCAGAACUGCAUCCUUCUUUUGUUCUACUGUUCCAGGCUUUUGUUCACCAUCCUCCAAAUGCUGGGACUAGAUCAUUGGGAGUCAAUAUUCCUCCUUACAAAUACAAACUGAGACACAGAAAAGUCUUACCUGAAGCAUGUUUAUAACAUUGCUGCAGUGGUUAUUUUUCUGGUUUAUUAUUUCUAAAUUAUUACUGCAUUUUUCGGUUGGUUCCUUUUAUCCAACCAUCUCUUUACUAGCCCAGGUUCAUUCCUGCCUUGCAAAUGCCUUCAGAACCCACUCCUCUGCUGCUUCAUGAACCUUCACAAACCUUCAGCAUCCUUUGCACGUUGCAGUUGGAGUGCCAUGACUGCUGCAUGCUCAGGAUCACUGCUCCUGCUGGGGCACUUGGGAAUUUGGACAGCUGGUGAACUGGAUUCCAGUUCUGUUCUUGCUGUUGGCAGAGCACGCUGUGGUGUGAGCCUCUCCUAAGCUCCUGCACCAGCUGAAGUGUUUGGUUUGCCUGAGUGUCCUGAGCUUGGUGAGAGCCUCCCUGGGAUCCUCCUCUCCUUCCUUCUGCCCUCAGGCAGGGCAGUUGGUGAUCUCUCCUUUUCAGUCUUUCUGCUGAUCCACUCUCUGUCUUACUCAUUUUUGGCCAUAUCAGUGUGUACUUCUAACUCUUACCUUGCACUUCAGAGGACAGGCACUUUUUUAUUUUUAAGCCACAAGUGCAGGUUGAACGUUGAAAACUUCAGUGGCCAAAACAAUGUGAAUACAUUAAAGCUCCAUUUCAGGUUUCCCCCUGUUCUUGGCUGUGUUGUAAAUUGAAAUGAACAGUCUUGACAAUGCCUCAACACAUUCUUGUUUUGAUUGCAAAACAAAGCUAGUUGUGCACUUUAUACAGUGUUCUCCUUAAUAAAUACAUGAAAUAAUUUGUUAGAAAUUACACUUUAUUUUUCCUCUUUCUUUAAAGAUGUUUUUUGCUUUAUCUCUUUUGGACUGGAAACACUGUCCAUUAGAACAGGUUUUUCUGAGGACUGUAAUGUGUUGUGGUUCCUCUGCUAAGAUAUAUUUAUGCUGCUCUAAAUUCUUAGUUGGGGGUUUGUUGGUUUUGUUUGUUUGGGGGGAGAUUUGUGGUUUUGUUUGUUUUGGGUUUUUUUUUACUUUUCGGUUUUUUUCCAGACAUUUUUCCUGCUUCUAGUUCUUGGUCCAUUUGAAGUGUUUCAGGGAUGUGAGCUGCCCAGAACAGUGAUUCUCUUGGUGGAGUCUGUGUCUCAUUUUCACUUCAGUGACCAGAGGAGAGCACAGGUACCUGUUGAUCAUUCCCAGCCCCAGGAGACUCUGGGUUCUGCUCCACCACAGAUGAGAUGCUUCACCCACAACACUUCCAUCUGUGUUCAGUGCAACAUUUGCUGCUGCCUGUAAACAUUUUUCAGCUCAUUUCUUUCAAGAGAUGAUAUUCCCUCUUGCUGUGACCCUGCAGAUCAGUGUUACCUGGCUCAUUCCCUUCUCUGACUGAUGGAUUUUGGACAGUGAUGCCUUAGAGGUCAGGGCAUGCUGGAGAGCUCCCUCUUGGUCUGAGUGAUGCUGUCACACUCUUGUGCUGUCCUGGAGGGCUCUCUGGCAUUUUCCAUUUCAGCCAGAGCCUUUUGGCCCUUCUCUGGGCUUCCUGAACUCCAUGCCUUCAGAUCAGUGCCAGGGCUGCUGAGGUGCUUUGCCAGCUGUACCCUCAGCUGCCACACAGAAUGAGAGCUUCUUAUUCACCAUCCAGACCUUCCUGCCUGUCUUCAAGCACAGUUGAACAUCUUUCUCUCUAAGGUGUUCUUUCAGCUCAUUUCCUGCCAGAACUCAUUCUGGAUCCAGUGCUGUUGGAGUUUAUGAGCUGAAAGCAGUGAGUAUUUUUCCACAUGAGCCAAAGGCACUCUUUUCCCAUUAGCAGCAAGAUUCCAGUUUUUCUUGGAGCAAUAGCCCAAAAAGGCUGAAUUCUGAGUUUGCCAACCUGCUCCAGGUUCAGUCAUCUCUGCCACUCACACUUGUUCAUCACUUCUGUGGGUUGGACAUCUUUUGAAAGGCUUUGGUUGCUCCCUUAUAGGGACAUUGGUUCAUUAUUGGACACUGGAAUUCUAGAAGAUACCUUUAAUUUAUUUUUUUUAAAUUUUAAAAUACUGUAACAGCAGUGAAAAUCAUACAGAAAUCCCUGUUAUGUUUCUAGACUCCCUUUCCCCCUGUGCAGUCACUUCUGAGCUGCUGGGGGCAGCUGUGCUCCCCCUUACUGCACAGAUAAACACUGAAAUCACACUUCCUUGAGUGCCUGGCAGGCAGCAUGCACUUGUGCUUCUUUUGCCCUUUUUGCAGCUUUUUUUUUUUUAAAUAUUGCUUGGGUUGGGUUUUUUUUUUCCUUUUCCCCUACCAGGAAUUUUCUAUGGGGCAUUCACAAGAAGCUUCUUUGUGCUUGUAGCAGUGCUAGCUUCUCAGGCUUUGUUAGAACUUCCUAGAAUUGUCCUUGUUUUAAUGUCAUUAUUUAAAUAUUGGCUGCAAUAUAGAAAUGGGCAUUCUUCACCUGUUCUUUGGAAGUGCUCAGCACUCAGAGAUUUCUUGGAAUACAGCAGGGAGCUAAGACUCUUUGAAAAUCAGGCUAACAAACAGAAAUGCACAAGCCUCUUUUUUCCUUACUUAUACUCGAGUACAUGGAUAAAGUAAAUAAUAAGAAAUGAGAAAUAAUUAAUGUGUAGCUGCUCUCUGUGCAGCUCCUGUAGUGUUUUUGUGUGGGGCUGCAGUCGGAACACACCUCUGGAGUCUGGACCCACAGGUCACCUACUGAUGCAGCUGUAAAAGCUCAAAUCCAUGAUUCAGUGACAAAGUGGCUCUGCCCAUCCAUUUCUUCAUCACACCCAGGGAGAGAAAGGGCACUGCUUACCCAGGUGGGUCCUUCACUACCAAGCACCUUAAGAAAUCCAGACAAGCACUUUGAAGGUCCCCCUGGAAUGAGUAGAUGUGGCUUCUUGAUGUGAUUAUUGGACGUUUCCUUCUGAACUGAAAGCAGAUUUACUGUUUCACAGUAUCUCCACUGGUGCAGCCUGCUCUGUCUGCUCCCAGCAGUGUCCUGAGGGCAGUCCUGCUCACCCUGACAUUCCUCUCAUUGGCAAUUACAUCUUCAAAAGGCAGUGUCAAAAAGGCAGUUUUCAAAAUAAUGAGCUUUUCAAGUUCACAGACCUCUCUGGAAAGCCUGCAGGCUUUUUGCUCCCCAGUGUGUGUUGAAAUGGCAGAGUGGUGUGGCAGAGGUUGCUGAAGCAUUGGCUCUGAGGGGUUGCUGCUGUGUGGACAUUCCUGCCAUCCCCUCCCAGGGAUGUGGAACAGCCCACAGGCAUCCUGUGUGCACCAGAGGAGCCUGCUGGUCUCAUCUAUCUUAACCAGGUGGGCAAGAGUCCCAGAUAAAUUCAGAUUAAAGCAGACACACAGGGCAGGAGGAUGGUUACCUCAGUGGCAUCUCUCUCACACCCUGAUGGGCAUUGAGUAACGAUGAGUGAGGAGCCCAUCAUUGUCCCAGCCCUGCUCAGCACCUGGAAAUCAGUGCUGGGGUGUGUCUGUUGCUGAUGCAGAGCUGUCCAGCUCACCCCUGGCUGCACCCAUGGGAGGCCAGUAGGUGCCAGUGCUGCCCUGGGCACCAGAAGGGGCUCUGGCAUUUGGCUGCCCGGGUCAGGUGUGCUUCAGGAGCCUGGAGCACACAGCCCUGCUGAUGCACAGUGGGAAUGAAGUCUUUCCUGGCAGCAAAAUCCUUGUCUUUUCCUGAGAACGCUGUUGUGGGAAUAACACCCACUGCUUUGUCUUAAAAUAGAUUUUAUUCAUACGUGGUGCAUCUUUCAACUCUUUAUUUUCCCCCUCUCUGUUGUUACUGUAGCCGGCCCUUCAUCAGUGAGGUACAACACUUUUCAGGACCUUUAAUUUUGGAAUUUCAUAGAACAUAUUUGUUAUUUCAAUGUCCUAACCAAGCUUUAUGCUUUUAGCUGUUUUUUGAGAGUUUUAAGAGCUUUUUUGGAGAGGUUAUUUUGGGUUUUAUUUUGAAUUUUUUUAAUCAGCCACCAGGUUUGGAAGUGUAAUAACUUAUUUUUCUGCUAGCUGCGUUUCUUUUUCCUUCCUGGACAUUUUUUUUCCUGAAGGGACCAACAUAUAGCACAAUUCAACUUAAAUUUCUAAUCCCAUGCAUUCCUCAAGGCAGAAACCUUUUGUGCCUAAUGAUGCAUCUGAGUCUAAGAACUGUAUGUGGAUAAAAUCUUUCAUAGACCAAUUAAAAAAAAAAAAAACUUAGAUUAACCACAUAAUAAUCACAAAAAAGAAACCCCACAUAUAGAUUUGAGACAUUCAAAUUUAAUUCCCUCAACUUACAUUAAGUUGAACUAUUUCAGGUGUGUCAUAAGAGACAAACUCAGUGGAUAUUCAGAACAAAAGCUGCUCUCUCCAGGUUCAGUGAGUGGACAGGACUAUAAUUUUGAAUAUAUGCAGUCUUUUAGGGCUACUGAUUUAACAAGUAACUGAUUAAUGGCUUGUAUCACAACCCUAUUAAAAUUCUGCUAAUAAAUCCCCUUGAAGUGCCUCUUUAAAUAGUAUCUGCUACAAUCAUGUGAAAAAUACAGAUUUACCCUAGAAAUUGCCAAAUCUCAGGAGCAGCCACUGUGCACAGAUCUGUGCAGGAUUCUCAGCCCCUUCCUUGCUCUGAACUGUGCACCCUUUUAGGACAGCCACACCUCCAGGAGUCCUGCCUUUGGCUCUGAGAAUUUGCUGUCCAGCUCAGGCAUUGUAAGUUCUCAAUGCUGAAAAUGAAAUAAUAAAAAUUAGACUUUCAAGCAACUGCAUUGAAACUAAUUUUUGGAUCCAUGCUUGGUCUCAGUAGAAUAAGCAGGGAAUUCUGCAUAAAAAUGGUAUGCAGUGAUAAUUUUACAUAAGAGUUGUUAGACUUUAUUGCAUAAAAAUAAUAAAUAAUAAUAAUGAAGCCCACAAAUUUAUUUUUACACAGCAGUUGCAGAGAAGAAAUGUUCUGAUCCUGGAACUCAAAAGCUGAAUGUGAUUUCAGGGAUCUCACAUCUGCUAACGAAAUAAUCAAAGUCAUUUUAAUCCCAGAAUUUUGCAAUGGUUGACCCGAAAUCCCUUUUUCCUUUGGAGUUCUUUGAUGAAAUGGCUGAGAUUAUCAGAAUAGCCUAAGGAAUUGGGAUGUCCAUACUCCUUUAGGUCAAAACCACUCUUUAGGGACAGGGGCCUCCAUCCAUUAGGAAAACAGCAGGUACUAAUGUUGGACAAAAAUUCUUUCUUCUCCUUAGAUGCUUCCCUUGUUUUCUGCAGCACAAGACAGUGUGAGAAUUCCUGAGUAGUUCUGCAGACACUGUAGCAGCAGGGAUUCACGGGCAGGCCAGAUACCAGGCAUACACUAAACCAGAGUUUUCUACCAAAAUUAAGUUGCUUAUUUGGUCCUUUUUGUGUAAGUUUUCCUAAAUACUUCUAAAUUUCUAGGAAAGUUGUCUUUUGCCAGUACUAAUGACUUGUUUUUACAGAUGCUUAACCAAAAUUUUAUAACUUCCCAUAAAUUUUGGCUGACUAGACCCUUUAAAUAGUUUAUUUAUCACACAGCCUCUGUCUGGGUUACUAGUAAAUCUUGGAUCAUUGUGGAAAUUCUAGGAUGGCUUUUGUUCCCUAAGGAUAGAUGAAGGAAUCACUUACUGAACUUAAGUUGAAUGAAGAAAAGAUUUAAGGGGCAGAUCUUCAGCUCGAAUAAACUGGCAGGGUUCAGUGGAAGCUACUUGAUGUCAGCUGUGGAUCUUGUCCUUCAGUGUUGAAGGCAUUUCCUAUAUGUAAUUUUUCUGUCUUACUGUAAAACAAUUUCAUAUGGUUAAACUGUAUUUUCCUAUAUUGUUCUGCAAGUUUAUAUACACCAUAGUGCUCAUCUCAUCUCCUGUAAAAUAAACUGUACAGAGACACAUUGAGCAUGGAA